GGAUCCUAAAAACCCGGACAGGACUCAGCCUAAUUUCCAAAACUGAUUUAAAUUGCAAAGCCACGAUCAACUAGUCUCAGACUUGCGUAACCAACUAUGUCAAAGGGUGAGGAAAUCCCGAGCCCACCUCCAGAGUGGCCGGAAGAAAUGUUAAUGUAAACGUAUAUCCCGGAGGAGAAGUCAUCACCAUGAGAAGGAAUCUCUAAGAAACUGGUAUAGUAGGCUACUUAAUAUCCACACAGACCAACCCGCGAUCGACUGAUUACAUGGAUGUACAGCGUGGAUGGAAAACACACACUAGCAUCUCCAAUCCUGCCUCCAUGAGGGAUUUGCCCUCCCCACCUGUUGCCUGAGGUCAAGCCAACGCAACGCCACCCUGAUAAGUCUGGCUUAGCUGGCCACUUGAGUUUCAAUGCUCCACGCUGCUCUAAGAUGAGGGUAUGGAAAGAGGUCAUCGCCUUCAUCCUGUUUGGUGCCUCGUUUUUCCUCCUGCUUAUGAGAACCACGUUACCUGUCGGGCCCUCCUACCCAAAGGCCUUAGAGAUUUCUUCAGGCCCUUCCUCACAUCCACCAGCCUCAGCACUUGAAUCCCCACCAUCAUCAUCAUCCUCUUCUUCAGGAUCAUCAACCUCAGCGAGGAAGCCAGCGCCGCGACGAGCGGUCCGAGCCACGGAGGACAUGGGCUCCUUUCUCUCCGAGUUCUCGUACCUCUUCCAAAGCUUCACUGAGGGCGAGUUGAAGAAGGUGAUUGCGACUCUGGUGGACCGAAAGGAAAGGAGGAUGAGAACCGAGACGGGACGGAGAACCAAGCGAGCACGGAAAGGCCCAAAGCCGUGCUCUCUACACGAGGUCGAGCUCACGGUGAGCGAGCUGGGGCUCGGGUACGAAAGCGACGAGACUGUGCGCUUCAGAUACUGCAGUGGGAAGUGCAUCCACGAGAGACGCAACUAUGACUUUGUAAUGGAGCACAUGCAGUUAAACAACGGCUCCAGUGAAAAAGGCCGGCGUGGACGGGAAAACGGAAAAAAAGACAAGGCGCGCUACACUCCUUGUUGUCGGCCUACGAAGUUCGAGAAGAAAAUGUCUUUCUUUGACAACAAGGACAGAUUCUACACAAUCCAGAACGUGUCUGCGAGAGCGUGCGGUUGCGUAUGACAUUCAGGGAACUGUGGAAACUUCAGGGAGUGUGUCUAUACAUUACCAUAGAAAUACCAGAAAAUGUUUC